AUGGUUAAAGAUACUAAAUUUUAUGAUACCUUGGGGGUUUCACCAACUGCAAGUGAAUCAGAAUUGAAAAAAGCUUAUAGGAAAGCCGCAUUAAAAUAUCAUCCAGAUAAAAAUCCAACACCAGAAGCAGCUGAAAAAUUCAAAGAAAUUAGCCAUGCAUAUGAAGUAUUAUCAGAUGAUCAAAAAAGAGAAGUUUAUGAUUCAUAUGGUGAAGAAGGAUUAUCUGGACAAGGAGGUCCAGGAGGAAUGAAUGCUGAAGACAUUUUUUCACAAUUUUUUGGUGGAGGAUUUGGUGGUCAAGCUCAAAGACCUACAAGAGGUAAAGAUAUUAAACAUAGUAUUGGAUGUACAUUAGAAGAUUUAUAUAAGGGUAAAACUACCAAAUUAGCUUUAAAUAAAACAGUAUUAUGUAAAGAUUGUGAUGGUAGAGGUGGAGCAGAAGGUAAAGUUAAAGAAUGUCCAGAUUGUCAUGGUACUGGUAUGAAAUUUGUUACUAGACAAAUGGGACCAAUGAUUCAAAGAUUUCAAACUGUUUGUGAUAAAUGUCAAGGUACGGGAGAUUUAUGUGAUCCAAAAGAUAGAUGUACAUCAUGUAAAGGUAAAAAAACAACAACUGAAAGAAAAAUUUUACAAGUUCACGUUGAUCCAGGUAUGAAAGACGGUCAAAGAAUUGUUUUUAGUGGUGAAGGUGAUCAAGAACCAGGUAUUACUCCAGGUGAUGUCAUAUUUGUUAUUGAUGAAAGACCAAAUGCUGAAUUUCAAAGAAAAGGUAAUGAUUUAUAUAAGGAAUAUGAAAUUGAUUUAUUAACUGCUUUAGCAGGUGGAGAAAUUGCAUUUAAACACAUAUCCGGUGAUUGGAUUAAAAUUCAUGUUGUACCAGGUGAAGUUAUAGCACCAGGUGAAUUAAAAAUUAUUGAAGGUCAAGGUAUGCCAAUUUAUAGACAUGGUGGUAAAGGUAAUUUAAUCCUCAAAUUUUCAGUUAAAUUCCCACCAAAUCAUUUUGCUGAUGAAGAUAAAUUGAAAGAAUUAGCAACAAUUUUACCACCAAGACAAGAAAUUAAGAUUCCAGAAGGUGCAGAAGUUGAUGAAGAACAUAUGAGUAAGUACGAUCCUGCAAGACAUCAACAAAGAAGAACUGCUUAUGAUGAUGAUGACGAAGAUGGACAAGGUGCUGGUCCAGGAGUUCAAUGUGCUUCACAAUAA